ACAUAUAACAUUUAUUCUCACACACUACCAUUAAAAAAUCCACAGUUAUCGAAAAUGCUUAGCCAAAUCAACUUAUUUCUUCUUCCAAUAUUAUUAAUUGGACUGGCGAUUAUCCAAGCCGAAGAAAAUGCUUCGUUAACGCAAAAAUUAACAGUGACUUUACCCAGCGGUGACCGAAUGCCUGUUAUUGGAUUUGGGACAUAUAGAUUACGUGGAGACAGUAAAGUAAAGCAAGCUUUGGAUAAUGCACUGGGUGUUGGAUAUAGACUUUUCGAUACUGCUGAAGUGUAUGAAAACGAAGAAAGCAUCGGAAAAGCUCUGAAAGAACUUUUACCCAAACACAAUUUGACCAGAAAAGAUAUUUUCAUUACAUCGAAAGUUGCUUCUCGUCCAGAAUCCUCUGGAGCAAACUCUUACGAAUCUUUACGCCAUUCUUUAACACGUCUGGAUACUUCCUAUGUUGAUUUGUAUCUUAUUCAUUCGCCUGAAUAUUUCUCGCAUUCGGUCGCGAAUGGGAAUUUUAAUUUUUCGAAAAUAAGAGACGAAACUUGGAAACAACUCGCGAAAGCUCAAAAGGACGGUUUAACCAGAAACAUCGGAGUAUCUAAUUUUCAUAUUAAUCACUUGGCGGAAUUGUUGAGUAACGAUCAUGGCGUUAAACCGGCCGUGAAUCAAGUACAAUGGAAUCCUGAACACCAUCGAGACAAUUUACUGGAGUUUUGUAGAAGCCACAACAUAGCUUUACAAGCUUAUUUCUCACUGGGUGGUGAUAGAAAUAAAAUUAAUUUACUGGAAAAUGCUGUAGUUAAAAAAGUCGCUGAGAAACUGGGGAAAACACCUGGACAGGUACUUUUGAGAUGGGCCGUUCAGCAAAAUGUUUUAGUUAUCCCGAAAUCGUUGAAUAGAGUGCAUAUGAUUGAAAACUUAGAUUUGAAUUUCAAGAUAUCAGAUGAAGAUAUGAAGAAUUUAAGCAACUUGCAAAAUUCAUAAAAAUAUUUCGUGUAAAAAAAAUACUCAAUACACUUA